AAGACCUAAAGAAAAUUUAUGCCCAUGUGGCAUGGACCUCAAAAUUCAACCAAAUCAAGCUCAAAACUGAAAGGCGCGCAAAAAGAAGGAACAAGUCAUCGGCUAAUCAUGCCAUCAAUGAGGAACAACACUUUGUGGACGCUCCUUGCUCGAAGAGCAUCGACAACAAUCACAAUCCAAAACCCAACUUUAAGUCGGCGAUUCUUCUGCGCACCACCGUCUUCCUCCUCCUCCUCUCCUCCCCAAAACAACAGGCUCUUCGUUGGAGGACUGUCAUGGUCGGUGGACGAGAAGUCAUUGAAAGACGCCUUCUCUUCAUUCGGGGAGGUUACCGAAGUGAAUAUAGUGUAUGACAGAGAUUCCGGUAGGUCAAGAGGGUUCGGAUUUGUUAAUUUCUCCAAAGAAGAUGAAGCACAGGUUGCAAAAGAUGCCAUGGAUGGAAAGGCAUUGUUGGGUCGGCCAUUGAGGGUUACUUCUGCUGUUGAAAAAUUAAGGGGUGGACCUGUUGUGGUUCCUCGCCUUCCCGACAGUGGGGAUGCUGCCACUCGAUAUACAUGAACUCCUUUGGUACAAUGGUGAAUGGCUGAUGACAUGCAGAAUGCAAGUUGAAUGAAAAUUUUACUCAGUGCUCGAAGCUUGUCAAAGUUCAGUUACCUAGUUGUCUUAAUCCAGGCCAAGAAUGUAGAGACCAGAGCCCAUUUUAUCAUACAAUAUUUUUCUCUUUAUGUAAUGAAAUAUUAAGAUUAUUUUUGGGUAAUCAAAGUUUUUUAUCA